CCGUCUAUUCUCUUUGAAUUGCGCCCUCGGACGGUAAGGCCUCAGAUCGCGUGCGCUCCCGCCGGUUUUCACAGUUGCUAGCGUCACCAGACAAAUCCAUCGAAUAUGUCGAAGAAGGCUGAUCCCUACGCAUUUGCCAAGGAUUUCCUGGCCGGUGGCAUCUCCGCCGCUGUAUCGAAAACCGCCGUCGCACCGAUCGAGCGCGUCAAGCUGCUGCUGCAGGUCCAGGCUGCCUCCAAGCAGAUCAGUGCCGACAAGCAGUACAAGGGUAUCGUCGAUUGCUUCGUGCGCAUCCCGCAGGAGCAGGGUAUCGGUGCCUUCUGGCGCGGUAAUUUGGCCAACGUUAUCCGUUAUUUCCCGACCCAGGCCCUCAACUUCGCCUUCAAGGAUGUGUACAAACAGGUCUUCCUUGGUGGCGUUGACAAGAACACCCAGUUCUGGCGCUAUUUCCUGGGUAAUCUUGGAUCCGGUGGUGCUGCCGGUGCCACGUCGCUCUGCUUCGUCUACCCGCUCGACUUCGCCCGUACCCGUCUCGGUGCCGAUGUCGGCCGUGGUGCCGGUGAGCGCGAGUACAACGGUCUGCUGGACUGCCUGAAGAAGACCGUCAAGUCGGACGGUCUUGUUGGUCUGUACCGUGGCUUCAACGUGUCCGUGCAGGGUAUCAUCAUCUAUCGUGCAGCCUACUUCGGUUGCUUCGAUACUGCCAAGGGAAUGCUGCCAGACCCCAAGAACACCUCGAUCUUUGUCACCUGGGCCAUCGCACAGGUUGUGACGACGGCUUCCGGUAUUGUUUCGUAUCCCUUCGAUACCGUCAGACGACGCAUGAUGAUGCAGUCUGGUCGUGCCAAGGCGGACAUUAUGUACAAGAACACGCUCGAUUGCUGGGUCAAGAUCGGCAAGCAGGAAGGUUCCGGUGCAUUCUUCAAGGGCGCUUUCUCCAACGUACUCCGUGGUACUGGUGGCGCUCUGGUGCUCGUAUUCUACGACGAGGUUAAGGCCCUGUUGGGUUAAAAAGGGAAUGUUCUAGUGUGUUUAGUAAUGUUCAGCAGCAGCAUCAACAACAGCUGCAGCAGCAUCAUCAUUAAAAACAACAAUCUGUAGGCGUGUCCUGUAGGGGAUGCGUGCAUGGGCGCGUCACAGAGUAGCAGCAAAUAGCAAGGCAUGUUUUACUGCUACAAACCAAAA